ACUUCCAAGAUGGCGGAUAUAGGAUUUUUAGUAGAGGAUAUCGACGAUACAGAAGAAGACCAAGACGACGAAGGAUGCGAGAUGGAGCAAGAUGAUCCUUCAAUACUCGACCAAAUAACCCCAGAGGAGCUGCUCAGUCCUAUCAUACGGAUGGAAAAAUACAUGCACAGUGAUGUGAUAUUUAAUAGGCAAAUGGCUGCAAGGUAUACAAGAGAAGCUCUUAAUGCUUGUCGUUCUAAAGAAGACGUCUACCACGUUUUACGGCUCGUAGUUCGUCUCUCAGAAGACAUUGAACCCUGUGUAAGAGUAGAGCUUAUGGAACAGAUACCUCAUGUGGCAUUGUAUUGUUAUGAACACUUCUCAUUGAUGGAAGCAGUACCUCAAUACAUUCUCUAUGUCAUACUGAGAUAUCUUAUGGAUUCAAAUAAUCAAGUCCGAAAAACAAGCCAGCAUGUGCUCCUUGAGCUACUCAAGCAUGAAUUAGUGGAGAGAGCUGAUGUUGAAGAUCAGAUUUGCCCAGUGCUGAUGCAGUUGACAGCUGGUGACAGCAGUGAUGAUUACCGCUCUGAAGCUGUGACACUCAUGAGCAAGAUGGCUCCCCUUGUUGGUCCAGAUAUAACUGAGAGAUAUUUUGUCCAGAGGUUUGAAACACUGUGCUGUGACACACUAUUCCAUGUCAGAAAGGUUUGCGCUUCAACAUUUGGUGAAAUUUGCAAUGUGGUUGGACCAGAAUUAACAACUGAUAGAUUGUUGCCAGUAUUCUUCCGCCUUUGUCAAGAUGGUGUCUGGGGAGUAAGAAAGUCCUGUGCUGAGUCAUUCAUGAGUGUUUCAUCAGCUUGUCCCAGUGAUGUCAGAACAACAGAUCUAGCUGAUGUGUUUGUUAACCUUCUUAAUGAUAAGUCUAGAUGGGUCCAGAUGGCAGCCUACCAGAAUCUUGGCCCAUUCAUAUCAACGUUUGCCGACCCAAGCACAAGUGGUUUUUAUAUUGACGAAAAUGGAGCUCUUUGUCCUGUGCCAAAGAGUGAAGAACAUGAUGAUGGUGUUGUCUCUCCUACUCACACUGAAGCUGAAUCUACUGAAAAUACUACCACAACAGAAGGUGAUGAUAAAGAGAAGGAAGGUGCUGGAAGAGAAAGAGGCUCAUCACCUGAAGCUAAAACAACUGACUCUGGCUACGUCUCACCUCCUGAACUACCACUCCAUACAGAACAAGAACAAACCUCCAGUCCCACAAAAGACCUAACACAACACUGCUGUAUUCGAGAAUCAGAGAAAUGCAACAAAUGUCCUACAACGGAUCUUGAUGAUGACGUUGAUGAACAAUAUUUUAACUCCUUUUUAUUCUGGAGGGAACCACUUCCGCAGGUGGAAUUUGAACUUGGUUCUUUAAAUUCUGUCGAUAAAAAUAAAGUUGGUAACAGCAGCAAGUCUGACAAGGAAGAUGAAAGUAAAUCUGAUUCAAAUAGAUUGGAAAAUAAUGAAAAUAAAUCCCACGAAUUGGAAACAAAUGAGAAAGAAGAAGAUGGAAAGGAGAAGGAGGAUGGUACCAAGGUAGUGGGAGAAGAAGAUCGGACGCCUACAAACAGCCCUCGGUUAGCUUUCAAUAGAAAUGAUGAACAUGACAGUGAUGAAGAUGAUGCUCAUUUGUUUUCACUCGCUGAUGAUGGACAUGACGAGUUUGAUUUUGAUGAUUAUCGAGAUAUGAAUCUUCAACGUACUACAUCAUUUGAAGAGGAAAUGCUGUUAACUGACCAUCUGACCAAUAACCACCCUCAGAAUGUGAUACCGCAGGCUCUUCUUGAUCACUAUAUUUCAAUGACAGAGCCAUCUAAAGCGCAGACCAUUGACACAGAGAUCACUAGACAUUGUGCUUUCAGCUUCCCUGCUGUCACACUAACACUUGGGAGACACAACUGGCCCUGUUUACGUGACACUUAUGAGUAUUUAUCAUCUGAUAUGCAGUGGAAGGUGAGAAGAACUCUAGCAUUUUCAAUUCAUGUGCUGGCUAAAGUUCUGGGAGAAGAAAUGACUAGAAUAGAACUUGUUCCAAUUUUCAACAGCUUUUUAAAAGAUUUGGAUGAGGUCAGAAUAGGAGUCUUGAAGCAUUUGGCAGAUUUUAUAGAGCUCUUACCUGUUGAUAAUCGUUUGGAUUAUUUACCAGUACUAGUUGACUUCCUAACAACUGAUAACAAUAGGAAUUGGAGAUUUAGACAUGAGCUAGCAGAACAACUAAUGCGGAUCUCAAGGUUCUACAAUGCCUCAUGUAUACAACAAUUCAUAUGUCCAAUAGCCAUUACACUGGCUACUGAUCGUGUGGCUGAUGUCAGGACUAUAGCUUUUAAAUUGAUUGGAAUCUUACUCCGUCGUCUUCACAGUGCUGAAGAUGAUGGUCCGUCUCGGAAGUUUGUAUCUGAUAUAAUUGUGAAGUUUGCAAACAGUCAACAGUGGACAAGAAGACAAGCUUACGCACAGCUAUGCCAUACUCUUCUAGAAGACAAUGCCGAAAGUGGAAUUCAUUUUUGCAAAGAGUUUCUACCGAAUCUAUUGCACCUUUUAUCAGAUAGGAUUCCUAACGUUAGACUAAGCGUUGCUAGAACUCUUACCAAAAAUAUACUUCACUGUGAAUACUUCAGCACCCCUGAGUGUAAGGAAAGAGACAUAUUAGAGGAUGCGCUCCAGAAACUACAAAUAGACACUGACAGAGACGUCAGAUACUUUGCCGGGGCGCCAGAUACCUCUGAAGAGCCAAGUGACGAUAGAGGUGAUGGUGCUGAGUAUAUCUCGGAUGAUAAUGAAAAUAGUGAUAAACCUGAUGAAAAUAGUGAUGAAAAUGGUGAUGAUAACAGCAAGGACACUGGUAAAUACGAGAGCAAUACUGUCCAAGCUGAAGAGAAAAUAAGUGAUGACGAUGAUGAUGUAGAGCAAGACACAGUUGAACAAGAAGGCAAAGAACCCUCACCUGCUGGGGAAGAAGACUCGGAAAACAGAGUCAAAGAAUCUAUACAGAGCGAAGAGGAAACAGCUGACGAAGAAGCUCCGAAACCUAACGUGACGUCAUCAGAGACUGAUGACGUCACCAGUGAUGACGUAACAGGGGAACAACAGGAGAAAGAGUCUUCUGAGUCUGCGUCUGAUGACGUCGAUCAGGGACCAGCUCCUGAUGAACCACAGACGGGUUCUCUUAACAAUGAAUAGAGCAUUCGUAUUGCUGGCUAGCUUGUAAUUUUAAAUUCCUUUUUCAAACGAUGAACAUCAAAUGAGAUACAAGAAAUCGAAAAAUUCUUCAGAUCAAUGAAAAGAGCUAUCACUUUGGAAUAGCAUGCCAAUCAGUGACAAGAUUGGGAUAAGGUGUCCAGUACUUAGCAAGAGUUGGACAACUGGCCUAUCAUUGGAUGGAUGGGACGAGCCAUCCAAUCGUUAUCAAGAAUGGUACUAAAACCAUGUACAGAGAAACUUUUCAAUACCUGAUAUGAACUGGUCCAAGUUCCAAGCAAUCGAUAAGGGGUGAAAAAUUUCGCAUCGUUUACUAGCAAGAAUUGAUUAGAGCAUCCACUCAUUGACCAAACUAACCAAUAUGAUAAAUCACUGACCAAAUUGUGAGAAUGGAGCAAAACAGUAAGCCCCCUAGUAAUGAAGAUUGUAUGUCCUUAUACAAGUUGGAUCAGCAAGUAACCAGUCAUUGAUAAGGAUUGGACAUUCUUGUCAUCCAACUGUUGGCAAGAACUGGGCGUGCCCAAUCACUGGCAAGAAGUGGACAAACUAUCCAAUCACAAAUAAGUGUCAAAUGAUUCAAGCAAUCAUGAACGAUGUAUCAUUUCAGCAUACAGCUGGGCUGUGUUGCAAUUGAUUACCAGUACACGAAGUGCUAACAUAGUAUUCGUAUUUACAAAUCACCCUCGCCUGGUUUAGGGAUUAAGAUGAUAAUUUCCAAGCGUCACUUUGUCAAUUUCGAAAUUGUUGUGAAUAGCAAUUUCAGUGUUCUAUUAAUGAAGAUAUAUAUAACAUUUCUUACAAUCGCCAACGGGACAUGUGUCUACCAAAUGAGCUAUGAUUUUUUUGUGUUGAAUAUUUGCAUUCGGGAAACGGGAACGAGUAUAAUUUUAGUGUUUUGGCAGACUUAUCUAAAUAUAUUGUAUAUAUAUCUAUUAUAUAUGCAUUUUUAUGCGAUGCUAUUUGAUAACGCACAGUUAAAUAUAUGAUCAGCAUGUAUUUUUUGGCUUCUAAAAGAAUCGAAAACAAUAAGUCUAUCUAUUUGAGAAUUAUUUUUUGAGACAAAUCCUCUACUAACUAUGAGAAGACACUGGCUUACCAAACUUAGGAAUCGUAAGGGUAGAUACCUCACGUGUAGUCAUUGUAUGGUCUUCAAUAGGCUUUUGCUAGGGUAGAAAAUAGAUGCAUUCUGGUCUUGAUUUCUCAGUUGUACCAUAAAAUUAUGGUAUUAGGGAUUCCUGUGGUAACUCCCCAAUGAAGAGUACUUUGGUUUUUUUUAUUUUCACUAAUGGAAGUAGGUUAUUUCCAAUAUUGAAUGAUUACUACAAAAAUGUCAUUUUUUUAAGAUCUUCAUGUCACAUUAAAUACCAUAUUCUAUAUCGUUUUUCUAGCACAAAAUGGAGCCUUUUAGGGAUAAUCUCACAAAUCACUCAUCACUAAAUCUCAAGGGAAUAGGCAGAGUUAGUUCUUUAGAUCUAUUAUAUUAUUCCAAUGUUGCAAACAGGUAACAACGUCGUGUAUGUAAUAGCGUUGUAUUUAUAACAGUAAACGUACAAGGUAAUCAUGUUUCUGUACAUACAUGAAGUACUACUCGAGGUCAUAAAUUAUUUAUGUUAAACGUCUUUAAAAUUCUGACUCGAUUUUGAAGUUUUUGUCUGAUAGUACUUCGUGUAUGUAACAUACAUGUGAUUGCCAAAUACCAUUAGUUUUAUGAAUGGAGCAUUGUUCCCUUCAUGACGUUCAUAACCAAUGACUACCAAUAUUCAGUGUAAAAGUGUUCACAAGUCAACAUCGUGAGUGGUUUUCCUCAGACCGUGAAACAGUUUCGGGUAGUUAGUACAAAAUUGUCAGAGACAAAGAAAACCGUGGAACUAGGAUCUACUAACCUCUUUUAUAACUGCAACAAUACAACACACUCUGUGAUUGAUUACCAGCUUUUUCCGUGCUGCUGCUCCGUAUUAAAGCACGCAGGAAGUGUCGUGCUACUCUAAACGCUUCCUUCGUGCUUAGCAUCCUCCCUCGUGCACCCAAAACUCGAUGGAAGCGAGUUAAUUAGUUACCAAUCCUUUAGUAGUCUACUAACUAUUUCAUGGUGUCAGGAAAAUCAUUCUAUAACAUAAUCUAUAGCACUAUAUGUAACUUCUUAUUCUUGUGAGAUCUGGUGAUGUGUGCUUCACUAGUUUUAUUUCAUAUUUUCAGUAUUUUAACAAACCUUUAUCUUCGUUGAGUUUUGAUUUUUCCAUCGCUGCCCAUUAAGUACAGUAUGGAGAUGCUCCACUUGAGUUUGUUGAUUCCUGAUAUUUUUUACAACAAAUGAUCUUAGUUGUUAUCCCAAAGUUUCGUUUUUCGUUUACUUAUUUUUGUGUGGGAUGAUGUUGACUCGUACUGAGCAUAAUUUUAUACCUAAGUGUUGUACAUAAGAUUAACUUAAUGAUAAAUCAAAUAAUAAACGUCCGUUAAACAAUUUGGA